AUGGCCUCUGAAUAUGACAUAAUUGACCCACGAGGGGACAUGCUCUUGCUCGUGGGGGAAUAUGCAGGACAGUUUCACACCCGCUUAGUCAAGAUAGAACAAAACCAUCCACUGUUUCUGACCCCUGAGACACACGACGAGACCAAUGCCGCUGAUGAUGUUACCGAACAGCCCAUCAGAAUUUCAAAUGCAUAUCGGCUGGAGUCAAACAUGUCCGUCAGCUUCGCUCUUGCUAACGAGGUCCCAGAGAACCCAUCCAACGAACUUGUUCGUGUCGGCAACAAUCCUCCCGCUUCUCACAUCACACAGGCGAAAAUCCGGGUCUCAUCCAAACACCUCUCCUUCGCAUCUCGCUUUUUCCAAGAGAAGUUCAGUAUUAAGGAGAGGUCGAAUCAAGAGGACAUUCUGCCGCCAUGUUUCAAUAAUCUUGGCGCGUUGUACGUUCUGCUGAACACCAUACAUUGCCGAGCCCGCAAUGUACCGCGCCAUAUCAGCCUGGAGACACUGUGCAUGCUAUCUAUUCUGGUCGAGGAGUACGAGUGUCUUGAGGCGGUGGAAGCAUUUGCAGAAACCUGGAUGCUGAACCUGUCGGAGAGCGUUCCAAGGACGUUCAACAAUGAUGUGGGUCGAUGGCUUUACAUCGGUUUGGUCUUUCGCAACAAAGCACUUUUCCAUCUCAUGACUCGCAUCGCGAUCCGUGAGAGUCCCGGUCCUGUUCCAACGUUUGGCCUCCCUGUCCCAAGCUCUUUAAUUGGUCACAUCGAACAUCUGCGUCAGUGCAAGGUUGACUCUAUCGUCGUCUCGCUUUACGAACGCAUGGAAUACCUUCUAGACCAUGGCGGCUGCUGUCGCGCGUGCGAUACCAUGUUGGUCGGGUCUAUGAUGCUUCAGUUGAAGCCGCGCGAGAUCUUCCCUCCGCCUCAGGCGCCGUAUGAAGGGCUAAGCGUGGAACACUUGCUGCGGGUUGUGUCGGGCAUGCAGGAGCCCCGAUGCAUGGAGUUGUUUCAUCAGCAGACUGGAUGUCCCGCGAUCGGCUGUGCCUUGAUGCCGGCGACGCGCCUUCUAUUGCGACGGGUGGACAAUGAGACGACUGGAUUGGACUUGGAAUGGUUUCUUUCUCUUUGAACUGUAGUGCUGGCUCUGCUUCGGUGUUUGAGGAUGGG